AUGGACCAGCUCCCGGGUGAGGUUUUGCUCCUCAUCCUGUCGUUCCUCGAACCUCCAGAACUCACCACGCUCCAGCUCGUUUCCCGCGCCUUCUACAACAUCGCGCGCGAUAACAGCUUCUGGCGCGCCCGAUGCCUGGAGCAGUCAUCCUUCCUCGAGGCACUCGCCCGUCGUCGCCAGAGCUUCGGCCUACCCUUCCGAGGGCCGCCACAGCCCGCUGGAUCGGCCCAGACCAAUGGAACAGGUGGGGGCAGUCAAGUCAUCGGCACCGGUGCCGGCGUUGGCACGGCUACUAGUUCCGGCGAUGGCAACAACCGCGAGCGCGAACGGCUACCAUACGCCAAUACCACGACGCCUUCAUCCGUGCUGAGUAAAUCCGAGACCCGGGAGCGCGAACGCGUACGAAUCAUGGCCAACUGGGACCCGAGCUUCCCCUCCGAGAAAGUCUCGUGGUACGAAGAGUACAUCCAGCGACAGGCCCCGAUCGCCGUCAACUGGAUGCAGUACGCGUACGAUAAAGAUUCCGAGUCGACGACGGCGACGUCACCUGCCGACCAUGUAGAGGCUCGCGGCGUGGCGCUGUACUACCCCGAUGGCGAGGCUGGCGAGACGGUGCUGGCUGUGUCGCCGCUGGACGACGGGAGUGUGGCCAUGUGGGAUGUAGCGGGGACAAGGGGUAAAAGGGGCGCUAUUGUGGCGAGGAGCCGGCCGGGGAUUCUGUUUAUUGAUGGGCCGGGUGCGGAUAAUAGUCGACGUUCAAAAAGGAUUGAUUCGGGGGUGACCGAAUGUGUGAGUGUGGAUAGCCGGCAGCAUCGGGCUUUUUUUGCUGUCCAGAGCCACCUUACCGAGGUCGACCUGCGCCGCUUAUCGGUAGUCGACUGCGAGUCCUUUCCCUGGUCUAUCACAGCCUUGUCCGCCGCGAGCCGGACGGUCCCGCUCACAGUCGGGACCAGUCUUGGCAUCCACUUACACGACUACCGGUCGCGGAAACCCCCGCAGCAAGACAACAACGAGACGAUAGAUGGCUUCGACCGGAUGGGAGCUAAAGAGUUCUACCAGCGCAGCCUUCGUCAGAUCUUCGACAACGAGCCGCUGCCCCCAUACGCGCCCCUGUCCCAACCUGGACCCCUGAGCAUUCUGCAUCUCCAGCAGCCAGGGCAGGAGGCCGACCUAUCGGACGACAUCUACGUGGCCGGCCGGUUUUCGAACAUCCUGCACUAUGAUCGACGCAAGUUCCCCUCCAUUCGUGGUUCUAUCCACUCGGGUGCUCGGUUGUGCGGCAUGACCUCGUUGCCGUACCCCUUCUCGAUGCUGGACAGCGAGCGCCGGCGCAAGGUGGAACUGUCGCUGGAGCAGGUGGAAGUAUCCAAGACCGCAGAGGGCCGGACCCUAGUCGCCUGCGGCGAGUACAACACCAAGGGGUCCCUUGAGCUUUACGGGCUGACGCCGUCAGCGGGGGCCGCGCUGGCCUCGCAGGAUCAGAGCCUCAAGAACCGCCAAACAAGCUCACGCUCCAAGCUGUUAUCCGUUGUGAACCACGGAUCACGGCUCGCCUUCUCCGACGGCUCCGGCUACAUAAAGUGGUUUGAGCGGGACGGCUUCACCGAGGUGCGCCGGUGCCGCAUCGGCCACAGCGAGCGGAACCAGGGCCCGUCCAUAUUUGCAUCCAUGCCCGGGUCAGAUGACAUAGCGAGGAAACUGCUCCCCACUCGCCCGGCGGUUGAUGCCAUGAUGGGCUACGACGACCACGAAGACAACGAUGAUCAUGACGAGAGUGGCAACAGCGGCAGCCGUGUGAAUAACAAUGACUUGCUCUUUUGGACGGGCGAUAAGUUGGGGCUGGUUACCUUCUCUGCGCGCCCUGGUUUCACGGCGGAGGGUUUUGAGGAGAAGGCGGACGGGGACGCUGGGGGCCCCGAUGCUGAGGCGUUGGCCGCGCAAACCGAGUAUAGCGAGCGGAUGCGCAGGGCGCUUGAGCGGCAGGCGGACGAUGUUAGGUUUGUGCGUAACCUGGGGCUCGGUAGUGGGAUUCGACCGACAUCGCUUUGA